AUGUCUGUGUUUUUCGAUACCCCUUUGAGCGAAGAUCAUGUUCCUGAAGGCGAGGCCGAGUUACUCCUGUCCCAAAUUGGCAUCACCCGUGGCAUUUUGCCACAUGAAUCAAGCGAUUAUCGUCAGCUACUUGCGGCAGUACACGAUGUUGCCGAGCAUGUACUAGAUCUUCCAGACUAUAUAGUAGCCCCAGAUGUCGAGAAAUAUCCGCGAGAAAACAUAGUUCGUCCAUCGGAUCAAGAGCAGGAUUAUGGCCAUGCAUGGGCUCACAAGUUCAACAUCCGUGGCAAUUCUGAGGGUGAACUCCUACGCGGCAAGACUAUUUGUCUGAAAGACAAUAUCGCUGUUGCCGGUAUUCCACAGUUUUUUGGCACAGAUGCUAUACAUCCCUGGACACCCGAUUCAGAUGCCACGGUCGUCACGCGAGCGCUCGACGCUGGAGGAGACAUUGUAGGAACAACGAUUUGCGAGAAUUUUUGCAAUUCCACGUCUUCCUUUACUAGUGCUCAAGGCACGAUUCAUAACCCAUAUGCCGCAGGCUAUUCGGCUGGUGGCAGUACGUCCGGUGGUUGUGCACUCGUCGGCGGUGGUUUGGUCGACAUCGCUAUUGGAGCUGAUCAGGGCGGAAGUAUUCGCGUACCAUCUGCAUUCUGUGGCUGUGUAGGAUUAAAGCCAACACAUGGCCUUGUACCUUAUACCGGUAUUUCGAGCGGCGAUGCUAUCGAUGAUCAUGCUGGGCCGAUUGGCAGGACCGUUCGAGAUGUUGCCUUGACUCUGGAUGCCAUCAGCGGAAGAGAUGACUAUGAUGAUAGAACGCUUGGAGCGCCCACCCACGGCUUGAUAAAGUACUCAGAACAACUCCAGGCCUCUGUUGCUGGUAUGAAGAUCGGCAUUUUGACCGAAGGAUUCGAACAUAGAUUGCUGAACGACGAUGUUAAGGAGGUUGUGUUGCAAGCUGCUGAGGCUUUUCAAGUAUUAUCGGCCACAGUAGAAGAGGUUUCCUUGCCACUACAUCUCCAAGGCCCGGCUAUAUGGACGAUACAACAACGCAUUGCGGGAACAUUAGGGAUAAUGGGAUUGGCGCAUGGACGACGCGGUCUACUCUCCACUGCCUUCGAAGCUGCGCGGCAGCCAUGGACAGACGAUUCCUUCCAAAAAUUAUUUCCUUCCACCAAGAAUACUAUCAUCAAUGGCCUCUCCCUCAUGAAGAAUUAUCCGGGUCUUUACGCUAAAACGAUCAACAUCGCACAACGAUUACGUGACGAAUACGAGAAGUUAUUGCAAAUAUACGAUAUCAUCGUGAUGCCAACGACGCCGUGUGUGGCUCCACGUAACGCAGAUUGGAAGCGAGGAGACGCGCCGAUGGAUGCACUUAAACCGAGCAUGGGCUUGACGAUUAACACCGCAGUGUUUGAUGUCACCGGCCACCCAGCUAUGACCAUCCCGGUAGGAUUUGCGCCAUCUUCUGAAGAUCCAAACGUUAGGCUUCCAGUUGGAAUGCAAUUGGUCGGGGGCUUGUGGCAAGAGCAGAAGUUGCUAAACGCAGGGCUCGCCUGGGAGAAAGCGCACAGCUGGAAGGAUAUUGGGAGGCAGCAUGUCCUAGAGCGCAGACUGGAAACCAAACUAUAG